AUGGUACUUGGUCGACUCCAGGCCAUUAUUGACGAGACUACUGCGCUCUUCAACGAGCGUCAGCGUUUGUUGGCCACAAUGGAGAAGCAGCUGAGAGAUAGAUUGCGAGCUGAAACAUACACACUCACCGCAAGUCAUCUCGAUGCCUAUCAACGCGUCUCGGUUACCGACAUUCAUUCUUUGGCGGUGUAUGCAUCUAAAUCAAAAGAUACCUGGAAGAAGGCUCGUGAGUACUACAAAAGGAUCGCCGACUUGAAGGCAAAUAUAGAGAAGAUCAAAUUACUCGAGGAUGCAGAAGUUAACGAGCAGGCUGCGCUAGAACACCUAGUACACAGAGAUGAUACGUCUUGA